AUGAACGACCUCGACAUCCCUGGGUCUGCUCGCGACGUCCACGGAAGGAAUAGGCCCAGAUCGAGAGGGAAUGGUCCGAAGGAACUCGCGCGGAGGGAGUUUGAAAGAAGAAGUUGUUCAGGGAUUGCUAAGUCAAUGAGAGGAAAAUGCGUGAGAAUGUGGGGUAAUGACCUGCAUCAACAUCAUCACGCCAUCGCCUUCACCAUCCGUUCGUCUUCAACCUGUGAGCGCGCCAUCAUCUCCGCCGCGAACAGAGAUGAGCCCGACGACCCUCGUCGUGAAGCUCCACCCCUCUUCUCUCGACUCCGGAGACUGUUAUGGAGGUCGGCUCCGACGAUUGUGGAGGAGGGGGACUACAAGUCAACGACCGAAGUGGUUGAGAAAACGCUGGCAUCUGUGAGUUGGUUGAUGGCGGCAGAUGAAGGCGUGGCGGCGGUGGAUGAAGGCGACGGCAGUUCGGCUGGUGGCGGUGACGAGGGCGUACUGGGCGGAGGCUGGCGCGCCGGUGAGAGGAGAGGUCACGGUUGA